AUGGAAUAUCUGAACAAUCCUAUCAACUACCUUGAUCCAAUGGACAUUUAUCGAACAUUAAACCCAGUGACUGCAGAAUACAUAAUCUUCUCAAAGGCACAUGGUAUGCUUACCAAGAUAACUUAUAUUCUGAGCCAUGAAACAAGUCUCAAAGGACUUUUCAGAUAUCCAAAGUUAGAGAUUGUUCUCUUCAUCGUCAGCCUUGUAAUGUAUCUGGUAACCCUCUUGGGCAAUAACACUCUUAUUUUAAUCACUAUCAGAGAUUCACGCCUUCAUACUCCCGUGUACUUGUUCCUUGGAAAUAUCUCUUUUAUGGAUAUUUGUUACACGUCUGCUUCUAUUCCCACUUUGCUGGUGAACUUGCUAUCAUCUCAGAAAAUGAUUGUCUUUUCUGGGUGUGCUUUACAGAUGUAUCUGUCCCUUGCCAUGGGUUCAACGGAGUGUGUGCUCCUAGCUGUGAUGGCAUAUGACCGUUAUGUGGCCAUUUGCAAUCCUCUGAGAUACUCUAUCAUCAUGCAGGCAGGUCUGUGUGCACAGAUGGCCUCUGUCUCCUGGGACACAGGCUGCCUUACUGCUCUGCUGGAAACCAGUUUUGCCCUGCAGGUACCCCUCUGUGGGAAUCUCAUUGAUCACUUCACGUGUGAAAUUUUGGCUGUUCUAAAAUUAGCUUGUACAAGUUCACUGCUUAUGGACAUGAUCAUGUUGGUGAUCAGCAUGCUCCUCUUGCCCAUUCCAGUGCUCUUAAUUUUUAUCUCUUACGUCUUCAUCCUUUCCCCUAUGCUGAGAAUCAGUUCAGCAGAGGGAAGAAACAAAGCUUUUUCUACCUGUGGUGCCCACUUGACUGUGGUGAUUUUGUAUCAUGGGGCUGCCCUCUCCAUGUACCUAAAACCUUCUUCAUCAAACUCACGAGAAAUAGACAAAAUCAUCUCAUUGCUUUAUGGAGUGCUAACCCCUAUGCUGAACCCCAUAAUUUACAGUUUAAGAAACAGGGAAGUCAGAGAUGCUGUGAAAAAACUACUGGGCAAAAUACGUUUAUAUCAAACACAUGAAAAUCUCUGA